AUGAUUUUAACUGGUUAUUUUUAUAUGAAUAUGCAGGCUUAUCUAUUAGCCGUUUAUAGUAUCGGUUUCAAUCAUCUCAGAGCUUUUUUAAACCAAAAGAAACAUUUGCGGCAUGUUAUGCUUUAUUGCUUUAAAAAAGAUGAUAGUGCAAAUGAUAUUGCAGACGAGAUUUGUACUGUUUUGUACGGUGGUAUUACUACGACUAUUAUGACCAUCCGCAAUUGGUUUAUGAGUUUCAAAGUUGGAAAUUUUGACUUGAAAGAUGAAGGCCGCAGUGGCCGUCCAGCAGCAACGAAUAUAGAUCUUAUCAAGGCCAUGCUCGCUGAAAAUCCGCGAUAUAAUGUGUGUGAGAUAGUAAAUGCCACUAACAUUCUCAAAACAACGGUUACAUUAAACUUACAUAAACUUUUUACUAAACCAUAA